UCCAAUCUAUUCUUCCAGCUGACCAGGGUUGUAGAAGGCUGUAUAGGAAGAUUAGCAACUUUACAACAAUUUUGGUAUUUUGCAAGCUUAUAGUGAAAGAAACAAGCAAAAGGGAAACCCUGGGACACUGCCAACUCUAACAUAAUGCAGCAGUGGGGAUAUGAAAAGCACAAUGGUCCAGACACGUGGCAUGACCUGUUCCCUCUUGCAAAUGGCAAUCACCAGUCUCCAAUCAAUAUAAUAACACAAGAUGCCACCCAUGACCCCUCACUGCAGCCGCUCCUGGUCGAUUAUGAGCCUCACUCAGCCAAGGUUAUCAGUAACAAUGGCCAUACGGUCACCGUGGAGUUUGAUGAUGGGGACGACAGCUCAGUGCUCAGGGGAGGCCCACUCGUGGGAAGCUACAGACUCCGCCAGUUUCAUUUUCACUGGGGUCCCAGCGACGGCCAUGGCUCUGAACACAAGGUGGAUGGCGUGGACUAUGCAGCCGAGCUGCAUAUUGUCCAUUGGAAUUCGGAAAAGUUCUCCAGUUUUGUUGAUGCAGCUUAUGCGCCAGAUGGACUAGCGGUACUGGCAGUGUUUCUCAAGGUUGGUGAGCCGAACAGAUACAUUGAGAGAAUCACAGAUACUUUUGAUGCCAUCAGAUCUAAGGGCAAAGAGUCUCCAUUUACAAACUUUGAUCCUUCAUGCCUGCUCCCUGCCUCCAUGGAUUUUUGGACCUACCCAGGAUCUCUUACUGUUCCACCACUUUUAGAGAGUGUCAUAUGGACUGUUUUGAAGGAACCAAUAUCUGUUAGUUGUGAACAGCUGGCCAAAUUCCGUAGCCUUUUGUUCACCAAUGAGACAGCAGAAAUAGAAUCCUGCUGCAUGGUAACCAAUCACCGACCAGUUCAGCCACUCAAGAACCGGAACAUCAGGGCAUCGUUCGUUUAGAUCACUUCCAGUGCUCUGCUGAAAUGUUUAUUCAACUUUUGCUUGUUGUAGAUGUCCUUAGUAAUCAAGCCCGGUCUGGCAAUCUGUGGGUUCUGGCAAAUGCCAGAGGGACUGCUGUAAGAUGCCAUAGAAAGUGACUUCUAAGUGGGCUGAUUGGUGCUUUUUGGGCCUCUGUGUACUAGGAAUGCCAGGGCCUAUUUGAAAUCUAUUUGAAAAGUACAAUCUAUGACCAAAAGUUUGGACACCCGUCUAAUGACUGUAUUGGCUAUAUAAGCCACAGCUAUGAUUGUAGACAAAGGAUCCACUACAAUACAAUCAUAUAAUGACAUUCGUGAUA